GACACAAGAGAAAAUUCGCUUUCAACGGAACUGUUCUAGACAAACCGCUUGAGAUGAGUUUACUUACCUCAGUUUUACACUAUUUGAUUAUCACAACUGUUUUCCAGACCUACACUCGUGCCAAAACGACAACAAGUCUCCAUAACAUCCAGAUUAAAGAUGGCUGGGAUUGGAGCAAGGAAGCGGCUGGAGACAUUCAUAACGAGCAUCAGCUUAUAAGACGUCGAAGGUCUAAGGUUUCUGGAAAGAUCGAAACUUGCUAUAAAACCUUUUUUGCCAGCAGCCUACCUCCGUCAGGAUUUCGCAAAGACCACACAAACAUCAGAUACAUAUGUCAGCAAGUUCCUGGAAAACCUGCUUACUUUUAUUCAACCAUGUUUGAUCUCAAGUAUGGAAUCCCGAUCUACUCAGCGUACGUCGUGAAGCAAGCACAGGCGAGCCAGUUCGGUACUGCCCAUAGAACUAGAGACGAAUGGCGGCAGGAACAACCAGCUGUGAUCACUCAUCAAGCCAGCGACAAAGCGUAUAAAGACCAAUCCACCUAUGCUAAGGGCCACCUUCUUCCCGCAGAAACAUAUUCCUUUACUGACGAUCACCUUGCUUCAACUUUCACGUACACAAAUGCUGUCCCUCAGAAAACGAAAUUUAACAGCGGAGCAUGGUUACAGUAUGAAAAGGAAAUAAGAAAUUACGCUAGCCAGACGUGUAGCAUAAAGGGCGGGGACUUGUUCCUGAUCACAGGCAUCUCGGAAGCUCACAUCGAGAAGGAAGCUCUGAGCGCAACCCAGAAGGAUCUUGAAUUCAUGAAACCGUCCGGCGACAACAUUGCUAUCCCGAGAUCCAUGUGGACAGCCGGAUGUUGCAUCGUUCCCUCGACGGGUGUAGUGGGAGCCUUUGCUGUGAUAGGAAAUAACCUUUUCAGUAAAACAGCACCCAACAUGUUUCAAGUGACAGUUCCACAGCUUAAAGGCUUUCUUCUUACUGGUGUCCAAGGCUUUGGUGGAUCGGCAAUCGCCUUGUUUCCAGGAAAUCCUGGAUGCUCUAACCCCGGAAAUAAUGUCAAUUUUCGGAAACGGCCAUUGCCUCCUUAAUAAAGAUGCCAAUAAAGGGAAGUUUAAGGAAG